AGACCUGGAAGCAGUUUUUCCUCAAACAAACAAGGCUGGAGUACCGGAUGGCAUCGGUAAAGCCAGAGGACUUCAUCUUCAAAGAAGCAAGUGGGAACCUUGGAAUCUUAGGACCUAUGGCUUAUCUGUCAGGACAUGGCCACACAAUGGGUAGACAGGAGAAGUCAGUCAUUUGUACGGUGUCGUCAAAGCACAUGCUUUAUGCCUGGGACGUGCAGGAGGGCACUAUGAUCUGGUCCAGCCCAGUCCAGCAGUCUAGUAUCGUGCGUCUGGCAACCCUCCCUCAGCUGCAUCUUGCAUUCACUGCGGAUUUGGAGGGAACUGUCAAAGUGUGGAAUUGUCAAGAUGAGGAUGCCCUGGCUACUCUCACCAUGCCUCGGGCCUGUUUUUCCUUGGAAAGCUGUCUCACAAAUGAUGGCCCAUUCCUGAUGGUAGGCAACUCUGAAGGUGACAUCUACACACUGACAGUGCCUGAGCUAAGGGGUAUCUCUAAAGUCAGUGCAUUUAAAUAUAGUGUUGACCUCCUACACUGCUCUCCCGACAAGAAAUGGAUCUUUGCAUCUGGGACACAUCAGAAUAUCUUGCCAGUGGUGUUUCUCACAGAGAGCUUACUGAAACCGUCAGAAGGCAAAAGCCCUCUGUCGCUCUCCAUCCCAUUUCCAUCCUGCUGCAGAGCCUGCUGGGCCCCAAGGAGGACAGGCAGAAUAACAGUGAUGUACCGAAGAGGCUCUUUCAAAAAGACAGGAUUUACCACCUUUGAGCUAAUGGCUGAGAGGACGGGGGACAGAACAGACAUCCAAGCCCAUCAGAUUGCAACUUUCCUGUUGCCGCUUCAUAUGGAGAGUCCUAUUUGGAUGGGAGUCGGAGAUGGAAAUAUGAUUGUCUUUGAGAGUGGGCCGUCCCUAUUCCUCUUCACCAUCAGUGGCCACCUGCUGCAACGAUUUGAGGACCACCAGAGGACCAUCGGCAACUUAUGGGUGGAUUCUGUGCACGUCCUCACCACAUCCAUGGAUGAUUCUCUGCACCUGUACAUGUGGGAAGAGGAAGGCCGUUAUCCAUACCUCAGGAGCUGCUGUCACCUGGAGCACCUAGGGAGCGACCCAGCACCGAGCUGCUACGUCUCCAAAGCAAUAUGUGAUGAUAUGAGCAUAGUAUGUGUGGUGUCCAGAAUUCGUGAAUCCAGCAUUCUGGUUAACUGAAGGGAAGUCUACCCAUUGGAGAAGGAUGAUGGGGAGAGCUGCCUCUCUCAGCUUCAGGUAUGGGUGGACUAAAAACGGAGAAACCAUUCCCUCCAGAGAAUUCCUAACCAUAACCAUACUCUCCUUGGAGGUGGAGUUGACAUCAGUCAAGGUCCCAAGACUAGACAGAGGUCACACACAUUAAGGUAAUUUGGCCAACGUUUAAUAAAGGAACCACUCUAAUUUGGGUUUGUGGCGGAACGAAUUCAAGAAGCCACAGAAAUAAUACACCUAGGGGCAUUUUAGCCCCUCCCUUUUGUAAACAUCCCUACGGGGUGCUGGCAGUCCACUAUUGACCUAUGCUCGCUAAUCCAGGCCAGGUUUUGUUUCUGUCUCAGCCACA